AUGAUUCGUUCUGGAAAAUACGAGUACAUCUAUGGGCGAAAAAUUGAGCCCGGCAACCAGAAGAUUCAGAACUUCAACCCUGAUGCCUACCACCAAGAGCCCAUAAAGGCAAACACUGGCUUUUACUAUGUAGCAGGUGGUAGGAAGCAAAAGAUUGUGCAACAGGUUUUUGACAAAGGUGUGAAAUGGUGCAAUGACCGUCCUCAUAUGGAUGACCAAGAGAAUUUUUGGGAUGCUUUGGUUGACACACGAAGGAAGAAAAAGUUUCAGCAGGACUAUUUGGCAUGCUUCCGGCAUUGCAAUAGCAGCGCAUGUGAUGGCGUGGAAGAAUCCCAAGUGUUCAACUACUGUGAUAUGAGCCCUUGGGAGUAUGUACUUGGCUGCUUUACUCCGGCCUCUGUGUUGGAAGAGCCAAGAAUGGUCUCUUAUCAUGCUACCCAUGUGGUCGGAUGGCAAUCAAAGCGGAAAAAACUGCAGAUGGUCAACUUGUGGGCCUAUUGCAAUGAGACUGAAGUGUCAGAAAGCCCGGUGAAAGGGCCAAAGUAG